AUGGGCUUUGCUCAAUGUUCUUGGCCAAUAUGGCGGGUCGAUGAUCUCACCUUAUGCUUCCAACAAGACUACCUCAAGGUUCUGUUCCCCUUAGCGGUUAUCGUCGUCUCGUUUUUGCGCCUGGCUUGGUCCAACUGUAGGCGGCUGCUUUCCUCUGGCAAGCCCAAGGGUUACAAGCCCAUUGCGAACGACCAUACUGCUCUGCCACCCGACGACGAUGACGAAGAUACCGAAGAAGACUCUGAUCUCGAAAUUCAUGGCGGCCGACUGACACUUGCUAAAACCAUCAGUCGGGGUUCCAUCGUCGAGGCCGACACACCUCAUGGCCAGCGGACAUCCCAAGCGGUAGAGGAGCUUGCCAUCAUCGGACUGGUUGUUAUCAAUGCCAUUGCUCUGAUCAAGGGCGCCUAUGGCUCCGCCGGACGAUUUGCGGCCAUGACGGGCCUUGUCACUUGGAUAUAUGCUCUGGUUUUGGCCUCUCUGCGACUGUUGUUGGGUGGCACAAAAUGGCGUAUCCCUUACCUUUGGAACCACACGGCUAGCAUUUACGCACUGAACUGGGUGUUUAGCCUCUUCAUUUUCCGGUCCGCACUUGUCAACCCCACCUCUCAGCUCGUCCAGAUUCUUGUCUGCACCGAGUUCGGACUCAUCACACUGCUCUUUGGAUUAGCCGCGACAACUAGAAAGGGGAAUAAGACAGUGCUGAUGGAAUGGGAGGACGGGAUCGAACCUUCUCGCGAACCGCUUGCAAGUCUAUUCUCGUUGGCGACUUUCUCUUGGGUAGAUGCCAUUGUGUAUAAAGGAUGGAAAAAGACUUUGGAUAUUGAAGAUGUCUGGAAUCUGCUGCCCAAGGAUAAAGCCGCCGCAGUAAUUGCUGACUAUCGCCAACUGAAGAAGACCGGGGCACUUGCCUGGCACAUGCUUAAAUAUUUCAAAGGAAUGCUGCUCUUCCAGUGUUUCAUGGCCUUCGUCUCCGGUCUCUUUACGUUUGCCCCGACAUUGCUCUUGAGGGCCAUUCUCGAGUACGUCGAGGAUCCAGAUCGCGCCCCGGUCAACGUCCUUUGGCUUUACGUCAUUGGACUGCCAAUCCUCGACACCAUACGAUCCUAUGCCGACGGUAUGGCACUGUGGACUGGACGAAAGAUUUGCAUUCGUGUUCGUGCCAUUAUUAUUGGCGACAUUUACGCCAAAGCACUUCGACGCAAAGCCGCCGCCGGCAAGGACAAGGUCCUUGGAGAGAAGCCGAAGAAGCAAAAGAAUGACGUCGACUCGGACAGCGAGGGCACUAUUGCCAAAAUUAAAGGUGCUCUUGGCCUGAAGAAGCGCAGCAAAAACAAGAGCGCCGCCCAAAGCGAUGCCGAGUCUGCCGGCAGCGUCAAUGGUGACGACAAUAAGCCAGCUGGCGACGACGAUCAGGCCAAUCUGGGAACCAUUAUUAACCUCAUGUCCGUCGAUAGUUUCAAGAUUGCUGAAAUUACGGCAUACCUCCACUUCCUAUGCGCCGCCGCUCCUACACAGCUUAUCAUCUCUGUCGUGUUGCUGUGGCAAGUGAUGGGCCUGAGUGCUAUUCCUGGCCUGGUAGUCAUGGUGUUUUUGCUUCCCGUCAACUACUUCCUAGCCAAGGGUUUCAACAUUACGUCCAAGAACAUUAUGAAAGCUACCGACAAGCGAAUCAACGUCACGAACGAGGUCCUCCAGAACAUUCGUAUUAUCAAGUACUUUGCCUGGGAGGAUCGUUUUGGACGUUCUAUUGAUGAAAAGCGAGAGGUUGAGCUCAGGGCGCUCCGGUCACGAUUCACCCUCUGGGCUUGCGCGGUGGCUAUCUGGAACUCGGUUCCAGUUCUCAUCACCUUCUUCUCGUUCCUCGUGUACACACUGAUUGAGAAGAAGCCACUGUACCCCUCCAUUGCCUUUACUGCAAUUUCUCUCUUCAUGCUCCUUAGGGUUCCAUUGGACCAGCUAGGUGAUAUGUUUGCCCAUGUCCAGGAAGCCAAGGUCUCUAUUGACCGUGUCGAAGAAUUUUUGAACGAGGACGAGACUGAGAAGUAUGAGCAGCUUGGGCAAGACAAUGUGGACGAAGACGGCGUAAAGCGCAUUGGAUUCAAGAACGCAACACUGAUUUGGGGCGGCAAGGACACAGUCGCCGACGACGGCUCACGAGCAUUCCGUUUGAUGGACCUGAACAUUGACUUUCAAAUGGGCAAACUCAAUAUUAUCGCAGGUUCCACAGGCAGCGGGAAGUCGUCAAUGCUCAUGGGGCUCCUUGGCGAGAUGACGCUGAUGGAAGGCAAUGUUUAUUGUCCUGGCGGCCGAAGCCGAGAGGAUGUCAAGAUCGAUCCCGAAACACGGCUGGCGGACACUAUUGCAUACGUUGCCCAGUCUGCAUGGUUGGUCAAUGCCAACAUCCGGGACAAUAUUCUCUUUUCGGCACCAUACGACCCGCAACGAUAUAGAGAUGUCAUUGUCGCCUGUGCCCUGGAACGCGAUCUCGAAAUUUUGGACCACGGCGACGAAACACUUGUUGGAGAGAAGGGCAUCACGCUCUCUGGCGGACAGAAGCAGCGAAUUUCCCUUGCCCGUGCCCUGUACUCCACCUCUGCUCACAUCCUCAUGGAUGACUGCCUGAGCGCUGUUGAUUCUCACACUGCACAGUGGAUCUUCACCAAUUGCAUCCGCGGCCCUCUCAUGGAAAACCGGACUUGUAUUCUUGUCACCCACAAUGUGUCACUUUGUGUGCCCUCGGCAGACUAUGUAGUCUAUCUUGACAAUGGCCGGGUCACCUCACAAGGAUCUGCUCAAAAGGUCAUUGCAUCCGGCGUCUUGGGCGAGGAGAUUCAAAAAUCGCGCCCGGCUUCUUCAGCAGGUUCUCGAGCUCCUUCGCGAGUGCCGUCUAGGGUGCCAUCAAGCGUUGGUGACGGCGAAACCAUGGUCAACAGCAAUGGCGACUCCCUAGAUGGUAUGGGGGCAUCUAAAAAGACAAAAUCGAAAAAGCCCCAGGUCGAUGCAAUGGAUGAGGGCAAGGCCACCGGUGCUGUCAAGUGGCCCGUCAUGAAGGUGUACGCUCAAGCCAUGGGCCCCUGGUGGUUUUGGGUCCUGGCAGUCAUUGUUUUCAACCUUCAGCAAUUAGCUACAGUGGCGACCAAUGUCUGGGUCAGAGAAUGGGCAAACCAAUAUGUCGAAGAAGAAACUAGUAUUGCGGUCGGCACAAUGUCGCAAUCGUAUGGAUCUGAGGCAUUCUCCAAGGGGUCUUGGGCCUCUAUCGCUCGUCUGGGUGCCACCGGUAGUGUCUCCGAAUCGGGUACUGGCAAGGUCUACGGUCAGGUGUCGUUUUCCGCGCUGGCCACACCCCAAGUAAACGUGGCCUACUAUCUAAUGGGCUUGGCUGUUAUUGGCAUACUGGGCUCUUUUGCGGCGUUUGUGCGAGAUGUCUGGAUCUUUUACGGUUCUCUGACAGCUUCGAGAAAGCUCCACGAUCGACUGAUGGGCGCAGUGACGCGGGCCAAGUUCAAGUUCUUCGAUGUGACGCCCCUCGGGCAGCUCAUGAACCGCUUCAGCAAGGAUCUCGAGGCUGUCGACCAAGAAAUUGCUGCUACUGCCAUUGGUGUCAUGUCCUGCGCGCUUUCUUUGUUGGUGACGGUGGUCUUGAUUGCGGUGAUCACGCCUGGUUUCUUGAUCGCGGCGGCCUUUAUUGCGGCGAUUUUCUACUUUGUGGCGACCUUCUACCUGCGUGCGUCUCGCGAUCUCAAGCGAUUAGAGUCUGUCCAGCGAAGCCCUCUAUUCCAGCAAUUUGGUGAAACCCUUAGUGGUAUGACGACAAUUCGAGCAUACGGCGACGAGAGGCGGUUUAUCCGCGACAACUUGGCCAAGGUGAACACGCAGAGCCGACCCUUCAUCUACUUGUGGGCAUGUAACAGAUGGCUCGCAUUCCGAGCCGACCUUCUGGGUAAUCUGGUUUCCUUCUUUGCAGGUGUUUUCAUCAUUCUGAACCUGGGCAAGAUUGAUGCCGGCGCGGCGGGUAUCUCUCUGAGCUACGCGAUGAACUUUACAGAAAACGUGCUCUGGCUGGUCCGUCUCUACGGCAUGAAUGAGCAAAACAUGAACUCGAUGGAAAGAGUCAAGGAGUAUCUUGACCUUGACCAGGAGGCGGCGCCCGUGGUGGAAGACAAUCGGCCACCGGAAUCCUGGCCAGACAAGGGUAACGUCGAAUUUGUCAACUACUCGACCCGCUACCGAGAAGACCUGGACCCUGUGCUCAAGAGCAUCAGCCUCAAAAUCAACGCCAAGGAAAAGGUCGGCAUUGUGGGACGAACAGGAGCCGGAAAGAGUUCGCUGGCAUUGGCCAUCUUCCGCGCGCUGGAGGCUGAAAAGGGCCGCAUCGUUAUUGAUGGGGUAAACAUUGGCAAGAUUGGUCUCCGUGACCUCCGAGAGAAUAUCACCAUUGUACCGCAGGAUCCGACCUUGUUCAUGGGCACCAUCCGAUCCAAUCUGGACCCAUUCGAUCAAUAUACCGACGAGCAGGUGUUUGAAGCUCUUCGACGUGUCCAGUUGAUUGGCGCCGACGAGUCCACAACCCACCCCGCCACGCCAACGAUUCAAGUGACUUCGGAGUCCCAAGUCAUUCGAUCACCAGUGCCUUCGUUAAUGACGAACAAGAAUGUCUUUCUGGACCUCUCAUCGCCAGUGACGGAGUCGGGAUCAAACUUGUCCCAGGGCCAACGACAGCUACUGUGCCUGGCUCGAGCCAUGCUCAAGAAGCCGACGGUACUGGUGAUGGACGAAGCCACUGCGUCAAUCGACUACAACACCGACUCCAAGAUUCAAGAAACCAUUCGGGAGCUUACUGGUACAGUCAUUACCAUUGCUCACCGUCUACAGACGAUCGUGGACUACGACAAGGUGCUGGUUUUGGACCACGGCGAGGUGAAGCAGUUUGGACACCCUUGGGAGUUGAUCAGCGAUGAGGAGGGGCAGUUCCACAGCAUGUGCGAGAUGAGCGGUGAGCUGGAUGUGUUGGUCAAGGCAGCGAAGAAGAAGUGGGAUGAGGACAAGCUGGUGGAUGUGGGCGACGCUUAA